AUGAGUGACACGCCAUCAACUAAUUAUUCAAUGCUUCAGCCAAACUCCUCUGAGAGUGAACAGACUUUGUCUACACGUCACUUCAAUGUCACCGAACCUGUUGUGGCCAAACGAAUCUGUUUCUAUAAAAGUGGAGACCCUCAGUUUAAUGGGAUCAAAAUGGUCAUUAAUAAUAGAUCUUUCAAAACAUUUGAUGCCUUGCUGGAUAACUUGUCCAAAAGAGUCCCAAUACCAUUUGGGGUGAGGAAUAUUAGUACACCACGCGGGAUACACAGUAUCACCAAUCUGGAGGACCUUGAAGAUGGAAAGUCUUAUAUUUGUUCCCAUCAGAAGAAAAUUAAGCCCAUUAAUUUGGAGCGGGCCAGUAAGAAGCCAUUACCCUGGCAGAUCAGCAGGCCAGUUAGUGCUCACAGAGCUGUCAAAAUAAGAACCCCUAAAAAGCUCCUUGUUUUCAAAAAUGGUGACAUAAGAAUCAGGUGCACUAUAGUUCUGAGUAAGAAGAACAUGCAAAACUUUGAGACCUUUCUGGAUUCCAUAAGUGAGUUAAUGCAGUAUCCAGUUGUGAAGUUAUACACUACGGAUGGCAGAAAGGUUCCUAACCUUCAGUCUCUGAUCUUGUGUUCUGGGGCUAUUGUGGCAGCUGGGAGAGAGCCUUUUAAACCAGGGAAUUAUGAUCCUCACAGGUAUUCACUACCUGCUAAGUUGCCGGGACUCUCCAAUCGUGUGUACCCCAAAGCAAAUGCCAAAUCAGAGAGCAGAAAUACUGGCAAAUGGAAGGUGUCUGUCCUCACCAGUGAUAUACCAUCUGCAGGAACCAGCUCACAGGUUUAUAUUACAUUGUAUGGGGAUUACAGUAAUUCAGGGCCUAUCUUUCUGUAUGGAGAAGAAGGGGAACUGUUUCAGAGGGGCAAUGAAGACAUCUUCACUAUUGACAUUGGAGACGUAGGAGAGCUCUAUAAAAUACGCAUAGGACACAAUAACUCUGGAGAAUCCCCCUCUUGGCACUGUGAAGAGGUGCAAUUGCAGAACCUUUACACAGGAGAACAGUUUUCUCUCCCUGCCCACCGAUGGCUGGCGCAGGACCAGGAUGAUGGCGAAAUCUGUCAGGAGCUUCCUGUUUUGCGACGGGGCCAGCCUGUUCUUCCAGUGACUGUAUAUGAGGUGCAUGUCACAACAGGAGAGCUGUGGAAUGCCGGAACAGAAGCUGAUGUCUAUAUUUCCAUCCAUGGGGAAGAAGGCGAUACAGGCUCCAGACAGCUAUUUAGGUCGAAGAAUCCUAGGAAAUUUCUAAAAGGACAAACUGACCUCUUCCUACUUGAAGCUGUGCACCUUGGAGAUUUGUACAAGAUUGUUAUAGGACACAAUGGACUUGGAUCGGGAAAUGGAUGGUUUCUGGAGAAGAUUGUAGUCAAGGAUCCUGUCACAGACCUGGAUUAUUCUUUUCCUUGUCACAGGUGGCUAGAUCAAGGGGAAGAGGAUGGUAAAAUUGUAAGAGAACUAAAUGUCACUGACACUACCACCUUCUCUGCAAGGCAAGAGCUGGAACUCAAGAGAGAGGAAAACUGGGCUGCUGAAAGAUGGAAGUUUCAGAAAGGCAACACUCUUCAGUUCUACAACAGGCUCACCCGUGGUUUCAUACGCCUCAGUCCAGAUGGCACAGUUGAUGCACUUGGUGACAAGAAGGACAAAUAUGGUCUUUUUGACGUGACUGUCAAAAGAAACGCACAUGUGUUUAAGAGUCAUCAGAUGCCACAUAUUGCCCUUGCUCUUGACAAUGGCUAUGUCACUGGACUGGACAAUGAAGAUACUCUCUGUGAGUUACAAGUUCAUGUUCAGCCAAAUCGCUGUGCAAUUCUGGAAUCAGCCCGGAGUCCAGGGCACAUGAUUACAUUCAGUCUUCAAGGCAAAGUAGCCGAUGAUACAGUAGGCUAUGCAGGACUCUCGAAAGAAUUUGUUGUGCAUGUGAAGGGUGUGUUCCACAAUGGUGCCAUAAUUCUGCUCACCACAAGUCUCUACCAGGCUCUCUGCCUCAGGCCUGAUGGGAGCUGCAGUGGAGCAGGAAAGCAAUCUGAAGAAUCCUAUUGGAAAGUGCAUAAAAUCAGCUCUGGAGUUUGCAUGAUUGAAAGUCUGAAAAACCAAAGAAUGUAUCUGAGGAUCAAGGAUGGCAAGUGUAAUGGAACAGGGACGGGUGAUGUAUACUGUCACUUUAAAAUUGAGAAGAACUUAGAAAGUGGAUCUGUGAGUCUAGAAUCUGUGCAAAACAGAGGGAUGUAUGUUGGUCUCCAACCAGAUGGCCAGACCAAGCCAGUUGUUAACACUGGAGAGAGAAACAUUUUGUUCUACCCACGAGUCAUCAAAUUUGGCAGGGAAAAGCCUAUGGGAACAUCUGCGACACCCAGCCAACCAAAGGGAGGGAUCAGAGAAUCCGAACACCAACCGGCAAAAGCCCAGAAGCCAGUGGCUCAGAGCCCAUCAGCUUCUUCACCCGCAAAGGAAAUGAAAAAUACCCAAGGUACCAAGUAUCCCCUUCCUUCAGAUGAUGAAUGGAAAGUGUCAGUGCUGACAGGAAAUGGAGGAACUCAAGCAAAUGUCACACUCUGGAUAUAUGGAGACAAAGGAGUAGCUGGACCAAUAACUCUUGGCAAGGACAACAGGGAGCAACUCUUUCUUCCCAGGCAGGAGGAUGAAUUUCAGGUUGAAAUAAAGUAUAUUGGAGAAUUCUAUAAGAUAAGAAUAGGACACGAUGCAACAAGUGAACACCCAGAAUGGAAGUUAGAAAAGGUGACACUGCACCAUGUAAAGAGCAGGAGGACUCUGCAUUUUCCAGCAAACAAGUGGUUGUCAAGAAGCCGUGGAGCUGGAGAUAUUAUAUGUGAACUCCCAGUAGAAGAAGCAGGAAAACCCAUUUAUCCAAUUGUGAGAUACCACAUUUAUGUUUACACUGGCCAUUUGGAGCAAGCUGAAACAGACUCUCCGAUCUACCUAUGUAUCUAUGGAAAGAGAGGAGACUCUGGUCUAAGACUUCUGCAUAAAUCUGAUAUGCCAAUGAAAUUUCAGAGAGGAAUGGUGGAUAUGUUUGAAAUGGAAGCUGUAUCUCUUGGAAAACUGCAGAAGGUGCUAUUGCACUGCGAGGCCAGUAACAAGGCGCAGUACUGGUACUGUGAGAAAGUAAUCAUCAGAAAAGCUGGGAAGGACGCUGAAUAUAUUUUCAACUGUGAGAGGUGGCUUCCAUUUAUGUCCCAGGGAAUAAUUCACUCAGAAAUCGAGCUCUACCCUGAAGAACUGCAAAUAAAUCAUCAGCUGAAAAUGCAAGAUGAAGCAAAUGAAGGAGACUGGAAGAUUACUGUAGUCACUGGGGGCUUCCAAACAGCUGGCACAACAGCAACAGUGUCCCUUUACGCUUAUGGAGAAAACAAGUCUUCUGGUCCUAUUAUUCUGGGAUCUGGGAAGCACCAGCUGUUUAAUCCCAACAGCGCAGAUACAUUCAAGAUUAAUCUCAAAGGUAUUGGGCAACUUUAUAAAAUCCGCAUUGGUCAUGACAACAGUGGAAAUGACCCUAGCUGGUACCUAGAGGAGGUGAGACUUGAAAGAAUGGCCCCUACCUCUGACCAGGAGAUUUGUCUGGCUGUAGACUGCUGGCUAGCUGAAGAUCAGGAUGAUGGAGACACCUGGACAGAAGUAGCAAUUGGGAUGUCUGAAAAGGAGCUUUUGUCAAUGGUGAUUUAUGAACUCCAUGUAUAUACUGGGUCUAAACUUGGUGCUGAAACAGAUUCUAAUGUAUAUGCCACCCUCAUUGGAACGAGAGGAGAUUCUGGCAAAAGAAAGCUGCAUAGAGCUAAGAAUAAUAAAGUCAAGUUUCAGCGUGGACAGGUGGAUAUCUUCUUCAUAAAGGCUGUAUCACUAAGAGACCUGAAGAAACUUGUGAUUAGCCAUGAUAGAACUGGUCCAGGCAAUGGAUGGUUCCUUGAUAAGGUGGUUGUCAAAUUUAAAGAGGAAGAUGAUGAUCAAGAAGCUGUGUUUCCCUGUAACAGAUGGUUAGAUGAAUACCAGGAUGAUGGGAAGACCGAGCGAGAGCUAAUUGCUAAAAAAAAUGGUAAUUCACAGAAGGCAUCCACCAAAGCACGACAAUGGAGAGUGCAGGUUAAAACUGCCAGAGAUUCCCCAGAGCCACAGAAGUGUAAAAGAACCCUUGUGAUUUAUGGCUCAAAGGGCAAAAGUGGUGACCUUCUCCUUUCUCCACAAAGCCCAGAAUAUGUGUGCUUUCUACCCAGAGCAACGGAUGAAUUCCUUGUUGAAACUGGAGAUGUGGGGGAUGUGUACAAGAUUCGGGUCAGCUGUGAUGAUUUGCCAGGCUUUGAGGGCUGGCAUCUGAAGUCCUUUCACAUGCAAGAGCUACAUACUAAACAAGAAGUGAACUUUGACUGUAACUGCUGGCUCUCUGUUAACAGAGAAGACAGAGAGCUGGUGAAAGAAUUCCCUGCAGUGAAUGAGAACCAGAAACCUUUACCAGUCCACAAGUAUAUUGUCUCUAUACACACUGGUGACCACUGGGGAUCAGAAACCUUUGCAAAUGUUUAUAUCACUCUGUAUGGCGAAAGAGGGGACACAGGUGUGAGGAAACUGCACGAAUCAUUGGUAAAAGGAGGAAAAUUUCAAAGGAACAAGGUGGAUUCAUUUUUAAUAGAGGCAGUUUCUCUGAGCCAUUUGCAAAAGGUAGUUGUAGGACAUGAUGGAGAAGGAUAUGGGACUGGAAUGUACCUCAAGAUGAUAACAAUCAAGGAAUCAGAGGACUCAGAUAAAGAGUGGAUCUUUCCAUGUUGGAACUGGCUUGAUACUCAUCUGGGAAUAUGUGAGACUGUUUGUGAGAUUAUAACAAUAGGUAAAAGAUUGAUUUCUAGUCCUCAACUGCCUCAAAUCAACAUGCAGUCCUCAGGUCUGUGGAUAAUGGACAUCAUUGGAUCUGACGUCAACACUGAAAUGGAUCCAAUACACCUCUCUUUCAUCUUUUAUGGAGACCUGAAUCACAAAGAGUUGGCACUUCAAAUUACAGGAAAAGCAACUCAAAUCAAAGAUGAACUGGCAGACAUUGGCUCAAUAUACAAGAUUCAGAUAACUGGCCCACACAGCAAGUUAAAUCAGCCUUGGCACUUAGACUUACUGCAUAUGAAGCACACAGGCACGAACCAGGAGAUGUGGUUAGCUUUCAACUGCUCGUUCAAAUGUAAUGAAGACAAAUGUGUGGAACUGCCAGCUCUCUACGCAGACCAGGAUCCUUUGCCUGUUGUGGAAUAUUCCAUUCACGUGCACACUGGAGACAUAAAGAAAGCAGAUACCAGUGGAGAGGCUUAUCUUCUUAUUCAAGGAACGAGAGGUGACUCUGGGAAAAGAUGGCUUAAUAAUUCAAGAAGUGGACCCAUCACUUUUGCCAGAGGCCAGGUGGAUGUUUUCAGAAUCAAAACAGUUCACCUUGGCAAGCUGAACCAAGUUCUUGUUGGAUUUAAAAGUUUUAAAAAAGAUGACUGGUUCUUGGAAAAAAUUGUUAUAAAAGAAGAAAGUUACCCUUUUGCUACUCACAUCUUUGCUCACCAUGACUGGAUCAGCAAACACUCAAAGAAAGAUUUUACAGAACUAGAAAUUCCAUUGAAAGGUAAUGCCAACAAAAUGUCUUUUGCUUACACAAGUUAGUGUCGCAUGACUAAGUACUGUUGAGUAAAUUACAAUUUAUAAAUUAAUGUAAUGAUUUAUGGUGACUUAUAAGAAAGAUAUGUAUUCUGAAUAUAUAUUUCUUCUAAAUAUAGAAAUGACUGUGACAUCUGAUCCGUAAAAUACUUUGAUACUAAAAGCAGAGGACGAUGGCAAAUGUGGGUGUACUGUACACACAUACCAGAAAGAGUUCCUGAUAUUCAAGUUGUUGUGUUUGGAACAAAAGGGAAAUCUGCUGCACAGAAGGUUCAGAAUCUGAAAAAUGACCCUUUUUUGCUGACUGUUGAUGAUAUUGGUGAUGUAACAAAAGUUUCCUUCGUGUUAUCUGGCCCACAUUUAGGAAGAGGAAUUAAACUUCACAAGCUUCGUCUGAAAGACCUGGACACUAAGCAAGAACUGGGCUUUUACAGUGCAGACCAGUGGCUCUUUAAAGAAGAUGGGUCAGAGACCGUGACAGAGCUAGCAGCAGUCAGACCAGAUAAGGCACCGCUCAGGGAAGUUCUUUACUCGGUCAGUGUUCACACAGGAACAUUACCUGCAUCAGGAACUGAUUCAGAUGUCUUUAUUACAAUAUUUGGAGUGAAUGGAGACUCCUGCAAAAGAAAACUUAGGCAUUCUAGGUCACAUGCAAGUUUUGAAAGAGGUCAGGUUAAUAGCUUCAGUGUGGGAGCUGUAGACCUCGGAAUGUUAAUCAAAGUGCUAGUUGAACACAAUAAUAUGGGUUAUGGAGCUGGAUGGUACCUGGACCGAAUCACCAUCCAAGAAUCAGGCAAGAGCGACUGCCAAUAUGUAUUCUCAUGCCAGCAAUGGUUAGACAGCGGAGUUGGUGAUGGACGGAUGGAACGAGAGUUGAGGCUUCUUGGAAAAGUGAGAAAUGAGAGAUUGGCAGGAAAUAUUCAGGGGACUUGGGAUGUCAUUGUUACAACUAGUGAUGCUUCAAGCAUGAGCCCUAAAAUGUCUUUAACUAUUUGUGGUGAAAAAUGUGCAAGUAUUCCAGUCUUAUUUCCCAAAGGAUCCCUUAAAAAGGCUGAGAUUUAUCAGACGUCAGUGGAACUAGAUAAGAAAUUCACCUCUAUAUGCAAAGUUCGCUUGGAAAUAGAAGAUGCCAGAAAUGGAGAGAUCUGGCAUUGUUGUGAGGUGAAACUUCAACACAGAAAAACUAAAGAAAUUCUAGAAUUUCCAUUUCUUCGGAACUUUGCAGAUGCUGAGGGAUGCACAGUGGCUGAACUUCCAGUUCUCACAGCUGGUUUUCAUUUUUCAACAGUAAAAGAGUAUGUUCUGUACAUUACUACGGCUGCAUCCUUGGAGUCAGGAACAGAUGCAGAUGUGUAUGUCACUCUACGAGGGCUCUUGGGAGACACGGGAAGAAGAAAAUUGACAAGGAAAGGAGAGGAUCUUUUCACCAAGGGAAAGGUGGAUGUUUUCCGGGUGGAAGCAGUAGAUGUUGGGUCUCUGCAGGAGCUGGUUGUAGAUAAAGGAAAAGGCUCUGCCUGGCAGCUGGAGAAGAUUAUUGUUCAUGAGCCAACAUUUGCUGGGACAAAGACACUGUUUAUGGCUCAAACAUGGCUAAAAGAUGGGAAAAAAUCUGCCUCAGUAACUCUAAAAGCUACAGAAAUUCAGGAGAGGAGGAACACAGCUGUCUUGCCGUUAAAAAAACAGAAAAUGAAAUCAGAAGGCAUAUGGAGAAUUUAUUUCACAAAACUCUGUGAAGAAACAACAGAAGAAUUUGAAAAGUCAGUGAAGAAUAUUUCUAACUUGGUCAUGUUUUUUUAUGGAAGCAAUGGCAAGUCAAACCCAAUUACCAUGGCAAACAAAUUGCGCCGUCAAGCUGAGGAUCAAGUAACAUCUGAUGUACAUUUCCCAUCUGACUUAGGGAUGCUUUAUAAAGUGAGAUUUGGGCUUCAGAGUUUGGGAAAUAACACAUCCCAGUUGUAUCUUCAUCACUUUAAAAUGCAGAACACAGCAACCCUGGAUACCUUUAGUCUCUCCAUAAAUAAAACACUUUCUUCUUCUCUUAAUGGAGACAGAUGGAUUGAGCUCCCUGUAGAGUGGCCAUUAAAAGCAGCACUUUCUGUGAUUACAUAUCAUGUAACAGUGUUUUCCAGCAAUGUUUUGAACAAGAGGAAUGUAGUACUUGUGACUGUGUGUGUGUGUGGAAUCAAUGGUGACACAGGAGACAGAAUCCUUUGCUGGCCAUUGCAGAAUCCCCAGCAAGGAGAGGACAAUGAGUCAUUUACAGCUCAAAUGGAUGCUGUUGACCUGGGAGAACUGCAUAAAGUUGUCCUCUCCAUCAGCAGCAAAACAAACUGCAAACUGGAUGUUAAAACUUUACAUUUGAAGGAAGCACUAAAACAAGAACCUGUCUACAUAUUUGAAGUGAAUGAAGUGUUCUCUAUGGAUGCCCAUGAACCUGAAAUAAGGAGAGAGAUCCCAGUAUCUUUUGUGAGGAGGGAAGGAGUUAAACUCAAAAAUGAAAUAGAUCACGCUUUAAAUAAGGAAAAAAGCCCCCCGGAAAGUCUGGUAGAAUACAUAAUUAAAGUGUAUACUGGUGACAAGAAGGGAGCAGGAACUGAUGCCAAUGUGCAUGUAAUUUUAUUUGGGGAUGAGGACUCCUCUGAAUUAGUUGAGCUCACUAAACCAUUGGAACAUCAAGAUCCUUUUGAAAGAGGAAAGUCUGACAUAUUCAAGAUUAAGACAAAGAGUUUAGGAGACUGCGUUCAAUUGAAAUUGGCCAUGAUGGGAAAGGAUUUGGAAGUGGCUGGUUUCUGGAAAAAGUAG